CAAAUGGCGGACAACGCCGGUGAAAACAGGGGAGGCUUCCGAGGCGGCUUUGGCGGCAGGGGCCGCGGCCGUGGGAGAGGACGGGGCCGCGGAAGAGGCCGUGGGGCCCGCGGGAAGGCGGAUGAGAAGGAGUGGGUUCCUGUAACGAAGCUUGGCCGACUUGUCAAGGACAUGAAGAUAAAGUCUCUCGAGGAGAUCUAUCUCUUUUCCCUCCCAAUCAAGGAGUCGGAGAUAAUUGAUUUCUUCCUGGCCUCCUCUCUAAAGGAUGAGGUACUCAAGAUCAUGCCUGUCCAGAAACAGACCAGGGCCGGGCAACGUACCAGGUUUAAGGCUUUUGUUGCCAUUGGGGACUAUAACGGCCAUGUUGGGCUUGGGGUAAAAUGCUCCAAGGAGGUUGCGACUGCUAUUCGUGGCGCCAUCAUUCUGGCAAAGUUGUCCAUUGUGCCAGUAAGGCGAGGUUACUGGGGUAACAAAAUUGGCAAGCCCCACACUGUGCCUUGCAAGGUGACUGGUCGCUGUGGUUCAGUUCUUGUGCGUCUGAUUCCUGCACCCCGUGGUACUGGCAUUGUGUCGGCACCUGUUCCCAAGAAACUAUUGAUGAUGGCUGGUAUUGACGACUGUUACACUUCAGCAAGGGGCUGCACGGCCACACUGGGCAAUUUCGCAAAGGCCACUUUUGAUGCCAUCUCAAAGACUUACAGCUACUUGACUCCAGAUCUUUGGAAGGAGACAGUUUUCACCAAGUCUCCAUACCAGGAGUACACUGACCACUUGGCUAAGACCCACACCAGAGUGUCUGUGCAGAACAGCCAGGCAGCAGCUGUACCCGGUGCUACCCCAACAUAA